ACUGACCAAACUUUAAAAAAAGAAAAAGAUCUAAAUAAAGUAAACUAACUGCCCAGCAUGAGAUGUUUAUAACUGGGGCUUUAUGGCACCCCCACCCAUUACUGCUUGUCUCAAUUUCAGAUUCCUCACUUUUGCAACAAAGUUCACGGAGAUACUACACCAACAAAUGGAGGCAUUGAGGAUGAGACUAUUUUUGGCCAUGAUGGUGGUGUUGAUGGCCAUGUCGGCGGUCCAAUAUGUUGCGGCAGCUGAUGCACCAGCCCCUACUCCUACCUCAGAUGCCACCGCAUUCGUGCCGACGGCGUUUGCUUCCCUUGUCGCUCUUGCGUUUGGUCUCCUGUUUUAAAAUGGAUUAUGAAGAUGGAAAAGAGAUAGAGAAAAGGUGGAGGAUUUUUUCUGUUGUUGUUGGGAUUUUACUUAUGACAAAUGGUGGAUAUUUUCAUUGUUUCGAUUUUAAUGUAUAUCUGAUUGUUGGUGAGCUAAUGAAGUUUUUGUUACUUUGUUGCAUUAAGAA